GCUCUCCCACUCUUUUCCCUAUCUCUCUCCCCUUUUAACCUCUCCCUCUAUAUCUCUCUCUCUCUCUUUCUCUCUCUCUCUCCCUCCUUCGUGCCGGAAGUCUGCGUAAAGCCUCGGUUUCAGCGUCGACGUUUUUUUUUUAUUUUUUUCACCUCACUUGUUCUUUUUUUUUUCCUCAACCUCGACUAUUUUCCUUUUUUUUCCUCCCUGCUUUUUUUUCCUCCGCGGACUCUUCGGCAGCGGAGAGCUUCUAUUGAGCUUUAACGGCUUGAACGUUUAACACGACACGCCGUGGACACAUCACCGAGUCAACGACCGAGACGAAGAAAUAAACCGAUGUUUUACAGUCUUGCUCUCUUUAGUGAUCCAUGAACCAAUUUAAAAGCAAACCAAAACACCUUAUUCUUCUUUUUAUACCACAUUUUGCCCGGCUUAACUCGGAAAAAAGGGUGUUUUUUGAGCUCUGCUCGCUGAGCCCGCCAAACUAGAAACGACAGCAGGCUGUUUGGAGCAGUAACGGUCAAAUUAAUGGCGUAAAAACAAUAAACUGAAGACAUUGAGAGCCCUGAUUCCAUUCACCACCACUGUAAAGAAAAUCAGUCGGAAUGAUGGAGGACUCCCAUUUUAACUCCUACUUCUGGUCCCCAGUGCAAGGACAGAUUGAGAAUGCUGUGUUUCUAAACAAGGUCAAAGAGCAGCUGGGACAGGACAAAAACCCCGCCUACCCGCAUGGCUCCACCCACUACCCCACCACAGCGGUGGUGGCGGUCACCGGCGGCGUUGCCAUGGACACAGUGGCCAGCGGUCGGGCACUGAAACAGGAACAGCCGCAUCCACCCCAGUCCUCUCACAGCAUCACCGUGCUACCAGUUCCGUCUACUGGAAUCAUGACAGCAGCGGGUUUGGUCACUCUGGUCUCUCCGGUUUCCUCCGCCCCGUCUCUCAUCCCUGGACAUCCUACGACUACGAUGAUAACGUUACACACAGCGGAUAAGAAAGAGGAGGCCGUGUCCUGCCCCCCUGUUGUCAUACCGAUACCAUCGAAACGAGGCAGGAAGAAGAAAUCGACCAUACCGCUGAUGGGCUCAGCCACAGGAAGUGACACACUGAUGCUUAGUCAUCUGCCUGGACAGCACCAUCCUGCUGAAUUCCAUGACCUCUCUGCAGAAGAAGGCCACGCUGGGAAGGAGAAAACGUACAGGUGCCGGAUGUGCGGCCUGACGUUCUGCAAUAAGUCAGAUAUGCAGCUGCACUCCAAGUCUCACACGGAGGUGAAGGCGCACCAGUGUCCGCACUGCUCCAAAUCCUUCGCUAACUCCAGCUACCUGGCGCAGCACAGCCGCAUCCACAGCGGCGCUAAGCCCUACGUCUGCUCCUACUGCCAGAAGGCGUUCAGGCAGCUCAGUCACUUACAGCAGCACACACGAAACCACACUGAAUCCAAACCCCAUAAGUGUCCUCACUGCUCGAAGACGUUUGCUAACACCAGUUACUUGGCCCAGCAUGUGCGAAUCCACACGGGAGUGAAGCCCUACACCUGCACCUACUGCCAGAAAAGCUUCAGGCAGCUCAGCCACCUCCAGCAGCAUCACAGAAUCCACACGGGAGACCGGCCGUAUAAGUGUAACCACCCAGGCUGUGAGAAAGCCUUCACUCAGCUGUCAAACCUUCAGUCUCACCGCCGUCAGCACAACAAAGACAAGCCAUACAAGUGCCACCACUGUAACCGCGGCUAUGUUGACGCAGCAAGUCUUGAGGUUCAUCUGUCGACACACACGGUGAAACAUGCCAAGCUCUACUCCUGUGGCCUAUGCAAUCGCACCUACACUUCGCAAUUGCCCUGUCCACCCGCCCACCAGGAGACAUACUUGAUGAAGCACAUGCAUAAACACUCACCAGACUUGGUGCCCACUCCGCCAGCGGCAGCCCAGCGGAGCCACAGUCCCGGCCAGGCCGGAGCAGGAGGGGGCCCAGAAGGAGGUCCAGCAGGGGGUGCUCAGAACCGGCCUGAGAGGACCGACGCCUACCCUCCACCGGAGGGCGUCCCGUGCGUUUUCGACCUGCACCAGUACAAACCAGUGGGGCCGCCGGACAUCCAGUAUAAAACAGUCAGCGUGGCUGACAUCUCCCCUCACAAAGACCUUUGCACCACCGUAGAAACCUCAGCCAUACAGGUGGAACACCUCAAUUCAUGAGGCGGGACGGACCUGGAGUAGAACAGAGAUA